AUGGAAGCUAUUGGUGGUACAAAAACUCAUAUUUCCGAAGAAAUUAACUAUAACGUAAUUGAUGUUGAAGAAUCAUAUGAUGGUGUAAGAUUAGGUGAAGUUAUUACAAAGGAAUUUGUUGAAGAUAUGGUUGAAAGAUUUAAGAAUCAAAAGAAAAUUCACAUCAAGUAUGCUAUGGAAAUUCUUGUCAUGGCUAGCAAAUUAUUGAAGAAUGAAAAAUCACUCUUCCGUAUUAAUGUUCCAGAAGAUAGACAUAUUACAGUUUGUGGUGAUACUCAUGGUCAAUAUUAUGAUCUUUUAAAGAUUUUCGAAUUGAAUGGAAGACCAUCAAAGGAAAAUCCAUUUUUAUUCAAUGGUGAUUUUGUUGAUAGAGGUUCAUUCUCAUGUGAAGUUAUUUUCACUUUAUUGGCAUACAAGUUACAUGAUCCUGAAUGCAUGUAUUUGACUAGAGGUAAUCACGAAAGUCGUCAUCUUAACCAAAUUUAUGGAUUUGAAGCUGAAACUGUCAAGAAGUACAAUGGUGAAGUUUAUGAACUCUUCCAAGAAGUUUUCAAUUAUCUUCCAUUGGCUUGUGUUAUUAAUAGUAAGGUACUUGUUUUACACGGUGGUAUAGGAUUUAAGGAACCAGGUGUUACACUUCAAGAUAUUGAAAAUAUUGAUAGAAUGAGAGAUAUUCCAGAAGAUGGUUUAAUGUGCGACAUUCUUUGGUCUGAUCCACAAAAACUCAAUGGGCUCGGACUCAAUAAGAGAGGUGUUUCAAGAGUAUUUGGUCCUGAUGUCACAAAGAAAUUUUUGGAUGACAAUGGUCUCGAAUUAUUGAUUAGAUCUCACGAAGUCAAGAUGGCAGGUUAUGAAGUUGAAGCAAACAAUAGACUGAUAACUAUCUUCUCUGCACCAAAUUAUUGUGACUCUGUUGGUAACAAGGGUGCUUUCAUUAGAUUCAAUGGUUCAGAUAUGAAACCAAACUUUACUCAAUUUACACAUGCUCCUCAUCCACCACUUGGUCCAAUGCAUUACGUUUCCAGUCUGUACAACCAAUUAAUGUAA